CUGGCCCGGAGGUGGGAAAGUGGAGCGCAGCGGUUCCGAGGCACAGACCUCUCGCGUCGGGGCUCCUCCGGCUGGUCCUUCCUGCCUGCGGCGGUCGCUGCUGCAUCAGCGUCAACUCCCACCAAGAACUGGAUCUUUUUGCUCAGCCUACAAGAACUGAAACUCUUACCGCACCCUCCUCCCCCAUUAGGAGUCUUUUCCCUCUGGUUUCCCCUCCCCCGCCCCAGCCCCUCCUUCCCCCGUUGGAGAAUUUCAUGCUUCUGUUAGCACCUUUUCAUAAUCCAGGGGACGUGACAGUCCAGAGCUCCAACUGCCUCAGCUGAAUUCUACUUUUGAUUUUAUUUCUCCCUCGCUUCCUCUUGUUUUCCUCUAAUCUGAUUCAUCUGCGAAUCUGACGCUUCUGCCAGAGGGAGAGAGGAAUAAAUAGAUGCUGCUGCCCCAGAAGGCUUAGACGUCGGGAAAGAACAGCCAGAGAGGCAGGGGCGGCGGCGGCCGGAGGUCGGCGGAGCUCGUGGGACCCCAUUGGGGGAAUUUGAUCCAAGGAAAGAAACUGAGAUCGUCGGGGGAGGAGAAGCUCCCAGAUCAUUGUGUCCACUUCCAGGGGGGAAGAGGGGACCGCGAAGCGGGCCUGUCGGCGUCCUCGGCACUGCUGAACCCUGCCCCGUCCUGCCGGGAUCAUGGUCUGCGGCGGUCCAGGAGGGAUGCUGCUGCUGCUGCGGGCCGGGCUGCUCGCCCUGGCUGCGCUCUGUCUGCUCUGGGUGCCCGCAGCACGAGCUGCAGCCUGCGAACCCGUGCGCAUCCCCCUGUGCAAGUCCCUGCCCUGGAACAUGACCAAGAUGCCCAACCACCUGCACCACAGCACCCAGGCUAACGCCAUCCUGGCCAUUGAGCAGUUCGAAGGUCUGCUGGGCACCCAGUGCAGCCCGGAUCUGCUCUUCUUCCUCUGUGCCAUGUAUGCGCCCAUCUGCACCAUUGACUUCCAGCACGAGCCCAUCAAGCCCUGCAAGUCUGUGUGCGAGCGGGCCCGGCAGGGCUGCGAGCCCAUCCUUAUCAAGUACCGCCACUCGUGGCCCGAGAGUCUGGCCUGCGAGGAGCUGCCUGUUUAUGACCGUGGCGUGUGCAUCUCUCCCGAGGCCAUCGUUACCGCGGACGGAGCGGAUUUUCCGAUGGAUUCUAGUAAUGGAAACUGUAGAGGGGCCAGUGAACGCUGCAAGUGUAAGCCUAUUAGAGCUACACAGAAGACCUAUUUCCGAAACAAUUACAACUAUGUCAUUCGGGCUAAAGUUAAAGAAGUAAAGACCAAGUGCCAUGAUGUGACUGUAGUAGUUGAGGUGAAGGAGAUUCUAAAAGCUUCUCUGGUAAACAUUCCAAGGGAAAACGUUAACCUUUACACCAGCUCUGGCUGCCUGUGUCCUCCACUUAAUGUUAAUGAGGAGUAUAUCAUCAUGGGCUAUGAAGAUGAGGAACGCUCCAGAUUACUGUUGGUGGAAGGUUCUAUUGCUGAGAAAUGGAAGGAUCGACUUGGUAAAAAAGUUAAGCGCUGGGAUAUGAAGCUCCGCCAUCUUGGACUCAAUAAAAGCGAUUCAAGCCAUAGUGAUUCCACUCAGAAUCAGAAGUCUGGCAAGAGCUCCAACCCUCGGCAGGCACGCAACUAAAUCUUGAAAUGCAGAAAGAACACCAGUGGACUUCCUAUUAAGACUUGCAUUGCUGGACUAGCAAAGGAAAAUUGCACUAUUGCACGUCAUAUUCUAUUUUUUACCACAAAAAUGUGGUAACUGAUAUUACUUCUAUUUUCUCUUUCAUUUUCUGUUUUUCUCUUCCCUCUUUCUUU